AUGAUGAUGUAUGAGUUGUUCGUCAAGAAGUGUCAGAUGGGAGCGCCUUGCCCGCCUUCUGCUGGCGAUUUGUGGUGGCUCUAUCAACUUGGACGCUGCUCGCAACUUCAAAAUAUUUAUUUCAAUAGGAUUGGCGGGCAGUUCUCACUGGGUUCUGUGGAUGUGGCAAGGACAUGGAAGAACCGUUGUAUUUUUCGACUGGGACAAACCAGCUUUUGCCAAUUCUUGCUUUUUAAGUUGUUCUUUUGUGAGGAGGAUGCUGGCGAGCACCUCACUAACAUCGUUGUGGAUAAGUUUUCACCGGCCAUGGCCUUCAAGAGUGGUGAGGGCAUGCAAAUUGUGUCAGAGGAGAAUGUCGCAGGCAUGGUCCCAUGGAAAGCAACGAAGCCGGAUCUGUGGAAAGAGGUCUUUCCGGAGACCCGGAAAAACUUUAUCCUCUUUGCUUCUACGCGUUGA